GUCAGGACUUACGUCGUGCAUUAGUUCCCGCCAAUUUCUCACGUAGACGAAAUAGUCUCGGCUCCUGAAAACAUAGUUAAAGAAAGUAAUGGCUCAAAAAGGAGGGCACGAUCUACGCGAGCGGGUGGACUUCCUCUGCAGGAUGGAUCCUUAUGCAUAUUCUGACUACUUAAAAAAUACAGGAAAUGAUUUUUACAAGGCUGGCCGUUAUAUCCAAGCUGUUGAGGUAUAUGAGCAUGCUAUACAUGUUUUGGCAGAUACUGCUGUGUGUAGUAAUGUUGAAAAAGAAAUGGCCGUGCUUUGGAAUAAUCGUGCCAAUGCCUUAUUCAAACUUCAAAGAUGGAAAGAUGCGUUUUCAUCUGCAAAUAUAAGUAUUAAUGUUUGCCCAUUUUAUACUAAGGCUUACUACCGUUCUGGUCUUUCAGCUCUGAAGUUAAAUGAUGUAUCUAUGGCUUUGAGUAUAUUGGUAACUGGCCUUCAAAUGCUUGAUCGGAAAUUGGAGAGCAAAGCUAUUGUAGAUUUUCUAUAUGGAAUCUUUUUGAGUUUGGAAGUUGCUGGAAGAAGCUCCUCCUUCAUAAUUACUUUUGAUAACGUUUUGAGAGAGCAAUACCCAAAGCAGAUCUGGCAGCCACUAAUAGUGAGACUUAUAAAAGAAAACAUGUACCAGUCCUGCAUCCUUUUGAUGAAACGUCGAAACAAACUGCCCGCAUACAUUAAUGACUUGAAAGUGCCACUAGGGGGCAUCUUUAAGACAUUUGUGAGCUCUGCUCCUUGCCAAGAUAUAUGUCUUAUCAGUGAGCUUGUCACUUGGCUUAUAACUAUGGGUGCUGAUGUGGAAACCAUUGGAGAACAUCCCCUUCAUUCAGUUAUACAACUCUGCAUAAAAACAGCCAACAACAGCCUUUUCAAACUUGUUGUUAAGAUGAACCCAGAUAUGAAGAAAUGCAUCAACAAGCAAGACAGAGAUGGUAACACAGUUCUGCAUCUGGUAGCAUCUAUUCCAGCCAAUUCACAUGGAUAUACUGUUAAGUGUCAAACACAAGAUGUUAAGAUGCUUCUGGAUUUCGGCAUGGACCCAUGUAUCAUUAACCAACUGGGGAGGGAUGCUGCAUCUUUGCUGAAACAGAAUAAAAACUUCAAAGCAGAGGAUAUAAUAAAAAAACAUUUGGCAAGCCUACAUCCCACUGCAGUUCCAUCAGCCAGCUUAACUGAGGUGUGCAGUUUUGCUGAAGAUAAGACUGAUUUACUUGCUUGUGCACUGGGCCAGUUCGUAGACUUCUGCAAGCAAAAGCAUAAAGUGAAAAAACUUUGUGUGCACAAACCUGUCCGAAACUUUCUGCAUAUUCUGUCAUCUUUGAAAGAGCUCCCAUCUAACAUAAGAUGUGACAUUCCAGACUCUGUUGCUGAACGCCUCAUCACACAGUUAACACAGGAACAAAGGUGGCAAGAAAUUUUACUUUUGCUGACUAGAGAUGCUAAUGGGGAAUCUGAACAAGAAGGUUUGAUUCAACGAUGUUCUCUUCCUAAUAUUAACAUUUUCCAAGUAAUAAACAAUCUCGAUCCAAAAAUGAUGUUUCGUUUGCCGCUGAUCAAGUUAUUCUUAGGACAAAGAGUUUCUCCAAAUGGCAUUGGGGCCAACUCACAACACCCAAUUCAAGUAUGCUUAAAGAAAAGUGAUUUUGCAUUAGCUUAUAUAUUGCUCUCCAGCGGUGGAGAUCCAACGAGCAUAUCGAUCAAAGUAGGGGACACACCUCUGCAUGCUGCAGUUUCUAUUGCUUUAAAUAACAAAGAUGAUAAUGGUGUGUCCAUGGCAAAAUACCUUUUGGACUUGUAUUCUUCUGAACCACAAAAGUACUGUUAUCUGGAACCCAACAUCCAAGACCAACAUGGAGACACAGUCAUGCAUUUGGUUUUUCAGAGCAAUAAUGCCAAACAGUAUCGUAAAAUAAUGGAUGUGCUUGCAAAAUAUGACUUAAAGUUAACAAUACAAAACAACGAGGGAAAAAAUGCAAAACACAGGAUAAAGAAAAAUGAUCCACACAACAUUGCGUGGGAGGAAUCUAGGCAGAAAUACAAGCAACAUCAGCCAUCCUGUGUUUCAAAGUCUAAUAAGGCAGUGACAAAUGGAAAUAUUACACAUAGAAAGACCAAUGCAAAGGCUUAUUUUAUUGCUGAGUCUGUGGUUGCUGAUGAUCGCAAAACUCAAGUCAAAGAAGAUGAACCACCAGAUCAAACUGCAGUGAACACAAAGAAAAUAAUGAGUACAAAAGAAAGCAUUUCGCAAAUCAUAAUGAAAUUGAUAAUGAAAUGUACAGAACCAAACAAAGCACAGCCACUCUUUGAUAGUUUGAGGUCACAGACCAUUGUUCAAACCAACAACGCUGAUACCAAUGAGUUACCUGUGGUCUAUGAUAAUGAAGUUACAGAAAAUCUAAAUCCGUUAUCUAAUGGCUGCCUAAUGGAAAAUAAUGAAUGUGCUCCAAACGGUUUUACAGUGCCUGACAAUAUUGAAGAUGAUGUUGAGCCACUGGAAGACAUUGAUCUUUCAAGGAUAGAUUUCAAUAACAUGACCUGGGAAGUUGAGUGUUCACCUGAAGUCCUGAAGAAAUUGGGAUGCAAGUCCGUGGCACAGUAUAUGAAAAAAAAAAUUAUUGUCUCCAUACAAAAGCUAGGAAAUGGUGAAUGGACACGUAGUCUUCGAAAACAGCUAAAACUAAACAGUAAUAUUAAGCUUUAUGAAGUUAAGCUAGAUAAAGGAGCCAGGAUGUUGUGGGAACUCGCAAUUGAUUUUUCACCUCGGUGUAGUGAAGAGCCAGAAAAAAUUCUCUCUGAGUUGUCAUCAGUAAAAACAGGCAAGGUUUACACAGAAAUUAUACGGAUAUGGGACAUUGUUUUUGACCAUUGCAAGCUCAAUCAUGCCAUUCAAAGCAUAUGCACUGCUUACGAUAGAGGCUUAAACUGUAUACUUAGAAAAAAACUAAAGGGCAUAACAAAGAUUACUGUGCCCUCAAAUUCACAAAAGAGAAUUCCACAAUAUUUUAUGGAAGAUAUUGAUUUUGAAUUCAAUAUGGAACAUAUUGUUCCAGACUACUUCCCCCCUGCUAGUAUUGCAGACACAGAAUAUAAUAUUAUGAAGUUUCACAGCUUCAGCACAGACAUGGCACUUAAUGUUUUGAGUAACAUGAACUCCAGAGUUGAGUAUCCCUUCAGAGUUGGUGAGAUGGAGUAUGCAGUAAUUGAUCUAAAUCCCAAACCCAUGGAAGCCAUCAUACUAAUUGGUAGAAGUGGUACAGGCAAGACAACUUGUUGUUUUUAUCGACUCUGGAAGAAGUUUCAUUCUUACUGGGCUCAGGCUGCUACAAUUGGCCCAUGGUUAGUAAAACAGACCUGGAAAAGGCGAAAAUAUAGUGAAAAUAUUGACAUUGGUGACUCAGGUGACGAUGAGGACUCUGAAACAGAAUUGUCUGAUAAUACAGAUGAAGAACAGACAUCAACAGAAGCAGAAUGCACGGAUGCGGAAAUCAAAGCAACAGACAAUGACAUGGAAAAUCUUGCUGAGUAUGAACAUUAUCAUCCAGUUUUUAUUACCAAAAAUCAAGUGCUGUGUCAAGAGGUACAAAGAAAUUUUAUUGAGUUAAGCAAAUCUACAAAGGCAACAUGCAAUUACAAACCAGUUGAGCCUAAUGUUUAUAGAUUGCAAGAUAUCCAAGAUGAGAGCUAUCCUUUGUUCAUAACUUCCCAGCAGCUGCUAAUACUUCUAGAUGCUUCUAUGCCUGAUCCAUUCUUCCCUAGGAAUGAAGAUGGUAGCCUCAAAAGGAAUAUUUCUGGAUGGUCUUCUUUGGAUAACAUUGAUGUAUUAGACCUGCUUAAUGAGGAUUAUGAGUUUGAGCCUGAACCUGAAAACGAGGAAGAAGAAAAUGACGGUGAACAAAAAGAGUCAGAUCCUCGUGUUUUUGUGACCUUUGAGGUAUUUGCGAGGGCUUUGUGGCCUAAGAUGGUAAAAGGAAAGUCUCUGUACAAUGCUGCACUUGUUUGGAAAGAGAUCAAGUCCUUUUUGAAAGGAUCAUUUGAAGCAUUAAGCUGCUGUAAAGGCAAACUAACUGAAGAGGAGUACAUUAAACUUGGAAAGAAAAGGGCACCUAACUUUCAAGGGGAUCGGAAGGAAAUCUAUCGCCUUUUUUGCUUGUAUGAACAAAUGAAAACUCAGUUUGGGUACUUCGAUGAAGAAGAUGUCCUGUAUAACUUAUCUUGCAGACUAUCAACACUUGACGAGUUUCCAUGGUCUAUCCAUGAACUUUAUGGAGAUGAAAUUCAAGACUUUACUCAGGCAGAGCUGUUUUUGCUUAUGCGAUGCAUUAAUGAUCCCAAUUCCAUGUUUCUUACUGGAGACACAGCGCAAAGCAUAAUGAAAGGGGUUUCAUUUCGUUUCAGUGAUCUUAGAUCCUUAUUCUACUAUGCAAAUAAAUACUGCUCAGGUAGCAAGAAGAAUUGCAUUGUCCGCAAACCAAAACAGGUGUACAAAUUAAUCCAGAACUAUAGAUCUCACUCGGGCAUUCUCCAUUUGGCAUCUGGAGUUGUAGACCUGCUGCAGUACUUUUUCCCUGAGUCAUUUGACAGGUUACCACGUGACUCUGGUUUGUUUGAUGGCCCCAAACCGACUGUUCUUGAUUCAUGUUGUGUUAGUGACCUGGCAAUAUUGUUGCGCGGUAACAAAAGGAAAACUCAACCGAUUGAAUUUGGAGCACAUCAGGUUAUUUUGGUAGUGAAUGAAAAGGCCAAAGAAAAUAUCCCAGAAGAAUUGAGUCUUGCCCUGGUUUUGACUAUUUACGAGGCAAAAGGCUUGGAGUUUGAUGAUGUUCUUCUGUACAAUUUCUUCACUGACUCUGAGGCUUCCAAAGAGUGGAAAAUAAUUUCUAGUUUCAAUCCGGUAACGGUUAAAAAACAGGGGAAUCAGCCUCUUAUAGAAGUUCCUUUUGAGAGUACUUGUAAUGCUGCUCAUAGACCAUUUGAUCUGGAUCCAGAAAUGCACAAGAUGCUAAAUGGAGAAAUGAAACAACUUUACACUGCUAUAACCAGAGCCAGAGUAAACCUAUGGAUAUUUGAUGAAAACCAUGAGAAGCGCGCACCUGCAUUUGAGUACUUUAUGAAAGGAAGUUUUGUUCAGGUGGUACAGACAGAUAAAAACAACGAUCUUGAUGACAACAUGUUUGUGAAAACAUCAAGUAAAGAGGAAUGGAUUGCUCGAGGGGAUUAUUAUGCUAGUCACCAGUGUUGGAAGGUUGCUGCAAAGUGUUACCAAAAAGGUGGUGCAGUAGAAAAAGAAAAGGUUUCAUUUGCCAAUGGUGAAGUAUUAAGUCUGCAAACAAGAAAAGCCAAUGCAAAAGUAAAACCAUUGGAAUACUUACAGCUGGCUAAGACUUAUCUGGAAUGUCAAGAACCAAAACUAGCACUUAAAUGCCUAAUGAAGGCCAAGGAAUUUAAGCUCUGUGCUGAACUUUGCAAGCAAAUGAAAAAGACCAAAGAUGCUGCUAUCUUCUGCAAAAAAGCACAGGACAAUAAAGCUGCUGCUCAACUGUUUGAACAGGCUGGAGAAGUUGAAUUAGCACUAAACUUAUAUUACCAUGAAAAGAUGUAUGAAGAAGCUGCUGAAACUAUAGAGAGGUAUCGACAGAAGCACCCUAAUAUACAAUUACCAUUCAGGGAGAGACAAUUCUAUUUGGAGGCUGCUGCUGAUUACUUCAAACAAAAAAAACUAAGAAAAAUGAAAGAAAUGCUUUUAAAACUUGAUGUUGACGAUCAAUUGGUUUUCCUUAAGAAUCGAAAAUGUUGGAUAGAGGCAGCUGACUUGCUUAAGAAUAAAAAUAGAAGUGAAGAAGCAGCAGCUCUGCUGAGAGAACAUGGCAUGCUCUUAGAAGCAGCAGACCUGACAACAUGUAAAAAAUUUCGAGCAAUAUGCCUACUAGCAGCAGCACGUCACAGUAUGACUAAUGCGAAUGACAAUGACCCUGGCAAGGUUCUCUCAGAUGCACUGCAACUUUUAGGUGAAACCAACCAAAAUGCUGAGGCUGCAGAAGCCAUGCUACUUCAAGGAGUCCUGGAAAGAGAUUUAAAAAAAAUCAAAAGAUCAUUCUUUAAUUUUAAGAACUCUUGCCAUCAUGCUGGUGUUGUGGAGGCACUGUACCAAGCUUCAGUUUGUGAUGAAUCCAAUUCAUUAAUGGUGACUUUGGCAUCUGAUGGUCUAGAGUCCCUGAUAACAUUGAUAAAAGCUCUUAAGGAAACUAAAAACAAUGCAGAUAGGGAGACAGUUAAAACCUGUUUAGAAUUCUAUGGUCUUGAACAAAUUAAUGAGCAAAAUUGCCUCAUCCUUCAACAUGAGGGUCCCAGGUUUUCUUUUAUACAAACAGAGGAAGAUCAGAGAGCAGUAGAGAUCAAAGAUGUGAAAUUGCUGCUGCAAAAACAUUUUCUGAAGUGGUUGCUUGAGAUUUCUGGAAAGACUGUUGUGAAUGCUUACCAAGAUAUAUGUUCUCGCUACAUUGUGGGACUAGAAUGUACAGAUGACAAAUGUCAAGACUUGCAUCAGCCUUUACAACACUUUGAAUUAAGAAACAUCUUGAAGUCUAAAAUAAAAUUGAUAACAAUUUGCGGAUUGUUACUUGAAGCAAAAAAACUCUCAAAUGAAUAUUCUGAAAAGUUUAAUGAAAUUGUAAAUCCUUAUGGCUUCAACUGUUGCAAUUCCCUUUUUAACUUAGUUUUUUCUAAACAUUUUCAUCUCCGGAUCCUUUCUGAAAACUCAAAAAUGUGCAGAGAAGUUCUUCUCAAAUUUCCUGCGCCAGGGAAGACUAUGCUUAAUAAAUUUGUUGAAUCACUUUUGGGAGAAGAUAAGAAACAUAGAAGGGAGUCUACCGAUCUUUGGCUAAAAAUAAUGCAAAUCUGUAGCAUUAUAUCCAGGUAUCCAGAGGGUCUACAACGUUUCCUUGAAGAAGAAGAGAGACAAUUUGAGAAGGAUUAUGUUAUCCAGAAAAUGAAUGAAUCACGUGGAGAGGGAAGCUGGAGAAAAUAUCUAGAGGGCAGAUAUGGUAUGCUGAAGCCUGACACAAUGAGUGACUCACCAAAGAUGACCCACAUCCAUUUCUUUCGCCUUCUACAAAACUCAUUACAGCAGCUGUAUCACAAUAAGAACCCGGACAGUUGUAAGAGAUAUUUUUUCAGGUUUAUGAAUUUGCUGGUCAAGAAAUGUGUUCUGCCAUUGAUUCCAAACAUCGGAAACACCAUUAUGUUGCUUGAAUUCCAGUUUAUGCUAUGUUGUGCUGUACUUAUGAGAUUUGACAAGGAAACCAGAGUUGUACUUCCAAAAAGCUACAUUUCCAUUCUCCACUAUUGGGAAUACAUGUUUGGAAAUAAAGUUAUCCUGAAAGAUACAUACUCCAUCUUGUGGGAGUACAAGCCAAAAGAUAUUUCACAACUUACAAAAAACUUUAGACAUCAUAUUUUGUAUCUUGCUAAAGUGCUUUCCGGUCAUGAGAAUGAAGAGUUUAAUGUCCUUGUAGAUGCAUUUAAUGAUGUGGAGUACAUUUGUUCAGGAGAAGCUGAAAGAACUCUGGUAUUUUGGUUAGUGAUGAUGGUAAAUCUUACUGGUGUAAUUUCUGAAUGGGCAAAGCCUAUGCUCACAAAAUAUAUUCCAGAAGUCCAGAGUAAGUUGGAGUCUCUAAAGAAUCAGUUCCCAAUGAAAGUUCCAAGAAGACUUAUUGAUGUUGUCAGAAAGCUUAGCACAACAGAUACAACUGAAGAUCAGGUUUUGUUGCUUCAGGAACUGUUAACAAAUCGUGAUGAUGAACGCCUAGUAGAAUGCUCAUGGAGAUGGGAUAUUGCCUACAGCAGGAGUGGAGGAGUGAGAGGAAUUUUUUUUGAUGACAAAUUCCAAUUUAGAAAACUUUCGUAUGUUCAUCACAGUGUGCAUGAUAUUAAAGUCAGUUCCAUGGUAAAUGAGCAAGAGGACAUUGAAGAAGAAAAAGUUGAUUUAGUGGCAGCUCUUGCAGCUGAUAUACAGAAGCAAAUUGCAGUCCGACAGUUAAAUAUACUAUUCCUUGUUGCAUGCACAUGUAUAAAAUGGAAAAGAGCACACAGACGCAUGCUAGAAUGUCACGUAGAGGAGGAAGAAUCUAUUCCAGAUAAUUUCAAAAUAGCAAAUGUUGACAGAACCCAGUGUGACUUAUGUGGAGUGAAAUUUUUACAAGCUAGAACCCUUACUGGCCAAGGAGAUGAUGAAGACGACCUAGGAGAUAUUUUAAGGCCAACAGUUGAAAUUGAUACUCCUAACCUACAAGUAAUGAAGAAUGAAGAGUAUGAAAAUCAUAUUGUUCUGGAGAAGCACAGAAAGCAAAUAAAUGACUACAACAAAUACCUUCAUUUUUUUAAAGUAGAAGUGGAUUCCACAAUCUGCAAAGGAAAAUCCCUUAUACAAAAAAUGGGACAGACUUCAGGAAACAAAUUAAGAUCAAAAGAAGAAUUUCACUUGCAACAAACUAAAAUAGAGCACAAAAUAAAAAUAAUUGUUGGUUUGAUGGAAGAAAUCUAUGAAAAAAAGACCUGGUCUGAAGCUGAACACUUAAUGAGGGAUGCAGUAAGUGGCUUGACAGAAAUUAUAUCUGAAAGUCUCAAGUUACUGGAAAAGUCUGAACAAACAGCCACAAGAAAAGAAGAUUUAGGAUUUCAAGAGGACUGUGAAAUAGAUUAUGGAGAUUUUGAUGAACUUUGUCCAAAAAAACCAAAACGAGGCAAAAGAAAAAAUAAGAAACGCUGAGUCCUCAAAAUAAAGACAAGCCGCAAACAGCUGGUUGUGUACAAUUGAACCAAAUGUAACACAUGGAUCACUUUUUUCUUAAGUUUGCGUUUAUUAUGUAUUUUCGAAAACAUUGUUCACGUGCAGCAAAGAUGAUGUUACUUUGUUCACCAUGGAGUUAAAAACCUGACUGUCUGUUUAAUAUGCAUCCUAAUUAUUGAAAAGUUAAAAUAAUGUGCAGUAAGAUAUGUACAAUUUCAUAAAUAUAAAAAAUUUUACAUUUUCUAGAUUUUCACUUAUUUACCUAAGUGGAACCUGUCAUAUGGGAAGACAUAAUACCUUGCGUCCGACCGUGUCCCAGAGAGCUUAACUUGAUCCCGCAAUUUACAUUUUUAGCUGUAUAUUAAUGCCCAGCAACUAGUCAUCGGAGUGGGCAGCUUCUAAGAACUAGUCACGGGCUCAUGGAUGCAAUGACGCUUACUGAGACAUGAUAGACAAGCCAGUGAGAGUCCUUUGUCAUCCAUUGCCUUUCCCCAGAGCUGUGAGCAUGCACAUGCAUUGUGUUAGCAUAUUAUGCGAGACAGUUUAAAGGGGUACUCCUGUGAAAAUUUUUUUUUUUUUUUUUUU